AUGUAUGGCAGAACCGCGGCUAUGGAGGAAUUAGCCCUCCAUCACUUCCAAUUGGGGUUAUCCCCUAGAAUCUCCAACAUCGUUAGAUGUAAAUCUCGGAAGUCGCUCAACGAAGCUAUCAACAUCGCUAUUUCCGAAGAAAAAAUUCAACAAUUCCUAUUCAAAACAAAUCCUCAUAAAGAAAAACUUACAAAAAUUCCAACUCAUAAAUCCGAUCCUCCUACCUCUUCAAAUACUAAUUCAAGUCUCUUCUGCAGAUACUGUAAAAACUCAGGGCACACUCUAGAAAACUGCAGAAAUAGAGAAUAUAAUAAUAAACUCAAAUCUCAAAAUUGUAGGACACCUCAGCGUGUCCAUCAUCUUAUUCAACAGGACAACUCAAGCUCCGACACAAACGAGGGUUACGACACUGUCGAUUACGAUUCAGAUUCAAAAAACAAGUCCCGCACGACACUGGGACGAGACGUCCCAGUGUCGUGCGGGGGACAUUCAAUUCAAAAAUCGACACCCUCAAUUUCAAUUACUAAAUCCUCUGUAUCCGUGCAGCAGAGUAAAACCUCUGACCUGCCAAUUACUAAAUCCUCUGUAUCAGUGCAGCAGAGUAAAUCCUCUGACCUGCCAAUUACUUAA